CUGGGAGUUGUAGUUCAGGCUCCUGCUGGAACUCGGCAGUAGCUCGUCGACUCUGAGGUCCGAGGCUGCCCACCGCCCUCGGCGCUUGGCUUGGAAGAUGGAUCCCGGGCCCGGGUCCGAUGCAGCCCCGUUGGCUAGUCUGGUGUGGUCGUCGGCCUCGGCGGCCCCGCCCAGGGGUUUCAGUGCGAUCUCCUGCACCGUGGAGGGGACUCCCGCCAGCUUCGGCAAGAGUUUCGCGCAGAAAUCUGGCUACUUUCUGUGCCUCAAUCGCUUGAGCAGCCUAGAGAAUCCACAGGAGAACGUGGUGACCGAUAUCCAGGUUCUGUUGGACAAGAGCCCCCUCCCUCCGGGCUACUCCCCGGUCUGCGAUCCCCAGGACUCCAAGGCCUCUGUGUCCAAGAAGAAACGCAUGUGUAUGAAGCUGGUGCCCCUGGGGGCCGCAGAUGUGGCUGUGUUUGACGUCCGGCUUAGUGGGAAAACCAAGACAGUGCCUGGAUACCAUCGAGUAGGGGACAUGGGAGGCUUUUCCAUUUGGUGCCAGAAGGCCAAGGCCCCUAAGCCGGUGCCCAAGCCCCGAGCUCUUAGCAGGGAUAUGCGGGGCCUGUCCCUGGACCCACCCAACGAGCCUAGCAAGGAUGGCUUCCCAGAGCGGACGCUGUCAAGGCUGGGCUCUCGGGCUUCCACCCUGCGGAGGAGCGACUCUAUCUAUGAUGCCUCCAACCUUUAUGGCAUCUCAGCCAUGGAUGGGGUUCCCUUCAUACUGCAUCCCCGAUUCGAGGGCAAGAACUGUAACCCCCUGACCUUCUCUGCCUUUGCGGAUCUGACCAUCAAGUCACUGGCGGACAUAGAGGAAGAGUACAAUUAUGGCUUCGUGGUGGAGAAGACUGCGGCUGCGCGCCUGCCCCCCAGCGUCUCGUAGCCCCUCACUCUUGUGUCCCAGGGAAGAGUGCCUGCCCCACACCUGCAGGCCUGGCAGCUACCCUACUCCAUCCCAUUUUGAGAGCUUUGACAGCACUGGGCACUUUGGACCUUAGGCCACCCAUCACUAUCACCCUGGAGGAGGGGUUGUGGCCAAGCUGCUCUGCAAUAGGAACCUCAGGCCCUGCAUGGCUCGGGUGGUCGCUGGCCAGGAACCAGUGCCUUCAAAUUAUUCUUGUCAAAACUCCAGUGCCUGGAGGUCGCAGGCGUCCUCCUGGUAAUAAACACUACCUUGUCCUGCUGUCUGGUGUCCUGAUCCUGGCCACUGGUGCCUUCAUCUUGAACCCUGAGCACUGAGCACCAAGCAGCAGUGGAGGCAGGCUGCUGCAACUCCCUUUCUACAGAGGGGGAACAGGCUCAGCAAACAGGGAUCACAGAGCAGACUCAGCCCAACCCUCUAUCGUUGCACAUAAUAGUUUAUUAGUCUUCCUUUUUUGGGGUCCUUGUCCCCAAUACACAGCAUGUGUACUGGGGAUACACAUCAUCCCACAGCUCAGUGGGAAACCCUAGUUUAGUUGUUUUUUUCAUAUGGGGAAACAGGAAAAACAGAAGCAGGUGGCCGCGAAAGUCACAGCUGGGGUUUGAAUCCAGUUUAGUUGUCAAGCUGGUCUCACUUCCCCUUUCCUCCAUGUGCCAUGAUUACUUGGAGGAACGCUCAUCCCUCUCGGUUAAAGUCUCCUUGAAUUAGUAAAUACUGGAUUCUUGGGAACGAGUCAGUAUAGGUUCAUGCAAACCUGAUCACAUUUAUUUUUUAAGAUUUAUUUAUUUAUGCAUACAAGAAUUGGGGUACAGGCCAGAGGUGCAGGGGGUGAGAGGAUUCACCAGAGACAGAGUGGGGAACAGAACAGGCGGACUGACUGAAAUACACUGCUGAGGGAAGCCAGCAGGUGAGACAGGAGAGGUCUACUGCGCCGUGUGGGUGGCUCCCUGGCUGGCUGGGGAUCAAACUCGUGCUGCAAAGGCUGUGGACAAUUUCAUAGUGCUGUGCUUAUUAACCCCUUGUACCACCAGGGAGGGCCCGACCAUAUUCUUAUCAAAUGAUAAGUACAUAUGCUUCUUCCGUGUGUGUUUCUAUUUAAAGACACCUGGUUAAAUAUAUAUAUAUAUUGAUUUGUUCAUUUUGGACUCACUGCCAGUGCUGCUUUCAAUUCAUGCUGAACAAAGUUUACAUAACAGGUAUUCUCCCAGUGGCACAUUCCAGCCUCUCUUGCUUGGGGACACCAGAGGGCGCUUCUGCACCAUGUUUGGGGAAUUUUUUUUUUUUUUUUAAGUUUAUUUUUAAGGCCUCCCUGGUGGAGCAGGGGUUAAAGGCAGCACUAUCAAGCUAUCGCCAGUCACUGCAGCAGGAGUUCGAUCCCCUGUGGGCCAGGGAGCAACCCACAUGGCGCAGCAGACCUGUCUCACUUGCUGCUCCCCUCAGCAGUGUAUUUCAGUGGAUCUGCCUGUUCUGCUCCCCACUCUCUCUGGUGAAUACUCUCACCACCCUGUACCUCUGGCUUAUACCCCAGUUCUUAUAUGCAUAAAUAAAUAAGUCUUUUAAAAAAUGAUUUAUUUUUAUUUACUUAUGUAUACAAGAACUGGGGUAUAGGCCAGAGGUAUGGGGGUGUGUAUGUGUGAGAGGAUUCACCAGAAACAGAGUGGGGAGCAGAACAGGUGGAUCUACUGAAACAUGCUGCUGACGGGAGCAGUGGGCAAGAUAGGAGAGGUCUGCUGCUCCAUGUGGGUCAGUUCCCUGACUUGGGGUCAAACUCAGCCCACAGUGGCUGGCCAUAGCUUGAUAGCACUGAGACUUUAACGCUUGUGUCACCAGAGAGACCCUUGGGGAUCUUUUUAUUUUAUUUUUUUAUGUAUUUAUUUUAAUUAUUUAUGCAUACAAGAACUGGGGUACAGGCCAGUUCUGUGUGAGAGGAUUCACUAGAGACAAAGUGGGGAGCAGAACAGGCAGACUCACUGAAAUAUACUGCUGAGGGGAACAGCGGGUGAGCCAGGAGAGGUCUGCUGCACCAUGUGGGUAGCUCCCUGACCAGGGAUUGGGAUUGAACUCAUGCUGCAGUGGCUGUGGAUAGCUUCAUAGGGCUUUGUCUUAACCCUUGGACCACCAGAGAGGCCUGCUUGGGGACCUUUUUAAACAGCAAAAUUACCAAGGAAAAGCACCGAAAUAUGAAAAAUGUGACACUCAAUGAAGUUUGUUUGUCAGAGAGCUGGAACAGGAAAGCAGAGCCAUGCUGACAGCGUGCACAUUGGGGGCUCAGUUUUCCUCCUCCUCUGCCAGCCCUUCAAGAGUACCACAAGUGUUUGCUUAGGGGUUACAAAUAAAUUUUAGCCUGUCGGAGAAUUUGUAAACCCACCAUCUGUGAAUAACAAGGGUCAAUUGGUUUGCCAAACUAACCUCCAAGGCUCCCGCUCUUCCUUCCAUGCGGGUGCUUGUCUCUACCCCAGUCCCCAGGACGUCAGGCUGGGGCAGGUCUGCCGCAUGGAGGGCUUCCCCGCACUGCUGGGGCUCAGACUAUAGCUUGUUCCUGCCUGUAAUGUUGGUCGGUAGUGGGUGCUAACUCCACCAUACUAGUGGGGCCGUCUCCCUGUGAUGGUGGGGACGGGACUCGCCCUGGCCCAGAAGUGGCUCGUCAGCUCUGCUUACAGCUCAUUGUCCAGAACAGGUCCCAAGGGGCAUUUGAAGGGGUGUGCCAGCCAACUAGGCACUGAUGCCCAACAAUACUGCCCUGGGGGCCCCAAAGGGAGGGAUCGCCUUGCACUGGAGGUCUGAGGCACACAGGCAUGGUUCUGCCCUGGAAACCUGAGGGUGGAAGACUGUUGUCCUAGAGGGUGGGUGUGUGGUGAGUAGUUGGGGGAAGACCAUGCAACCUGCCUCCUCCUGCCCCCACAUCAUCUGCCUUGGAAAAACUAGGCCUCUGGUGCUAGGAUGAAUCCCCCACUCUGGCCACAGCAGCACCUGCCAGGCUCUGCCCAGUCUGCUCUGGCGCCGGCCGGGAAAUCCAAUCCAGCUAGGAAGCAAAGAGUGUUUGUUCUCUGGUGGCCUUGUCAGCCACCUUGAAACCAAUUCUGGAUCACUUUCCAGGAUAUCUGCAUGUGACCACAGACCCCCAUGUGACCCAUAUUGUCAUCAGGUUUGAUUGGACCAGCCAUCAUUGCUAGACUACUGACCCUGCAAAAUCUAACCCCCCUGAGCCAAGCUGGGCAUGGGGAUGGCCUCCCUAAGGGGCCAGGCCCACAUCAAUCCUAACUGUUUGGGGCUAAGCUUUAUCAGUUUGUAUCAGCUUGGGUUACAAAGAAGGGAGCCUUUGUAACCUGGAACCUCAUCCUGCCUUGUGCUCACUCCUGGCCACAGAGAAGAUGGCAUUGCAAGGGCCUGGGUACUGAGAGGGGGCAUUUCUGGUUCCAUUGCUCAGCAGCUGGUGACCUUGAGCAGUGCCUUAGUCUCUCUCUACCUCGGUUUCCCUAGGUUUACAACUGGAAUCUCAUUGUGCUCACUUUAUAGGGUAAUUUUGAGGGAGGGUGCAUGUGGAGGAUGAGUCUCUAGGCUGUUCUACUGACUUACAAAAAUACUUUCAAAAGUAUUUUUGUAUGGGGAAUGCCACUGCUAGUGGCUAGCACCACACUUCCUCUAUUCUGCUGAAACCAGCUGUGGUCCCUACUGCUAUCUCCACCCCCAGAUCAGGGAGCCUACCUGUAUCAAUCUUGAACAUCCCUUUGGACCCCUUCUUAAUCAAGUCUCCCUCCUCCUGCCAAGACACUGGUUUUUACCCCAUCAUUCAUUCUGCCGGUUCUUGGUAUAAAUGCAUUACCCCAGUGAAACACUUCUGAGUCUGGCUAAUUCUGUUCAAUAUAAUGUCUGUUUCUUUUAUUUAUUUUUUAUUUUAAAAGAUUUAUUUAUUUAUACAAGCGCUGGGUACAUUCAGAAGCACGGGAGGGUAAGAGAAUUCACCAGAGCCAGAGCAGGGAGCAGAACAGACAGACUGAGGAAAUACACUGCUGAGGGGAGCAGCGGGCACGGCAAGAGAGGUCUGCAUGCCAUGUGGGACCCUCGCUGGAGGCUGGGGAUUGAACUGGCGCUGCAGAGGCUGCAGGCAGCUUUGCAGCCCAGCAUUCAACUGCUGCGCCACUGGGGAGGCACUGUGCCUUUUAUUUUGAGUGUGGCCUGUAUUAGUAUAGUCAGGUGUCAUUCAACAAUGUGUAUGGUCUAAGAAACAUUGUUAGAUGAUUCCAUUAUUGUGAGAAUGCCGCAGACCAGCACAGCAGUGAACGAUGAGGCCCUCUCAGGGUUGAGAGAUUGCGCAGGGUGGUCAGGGAUUCGGUUAAAGAAAUGACAAACAGACACACUUCAAGAGAGAGUGUAAAUCUGAGUGUAAUUUAAUUUGAGUUGGUGACCAGUAUAUAUAUAUGUUUUCUAAAGGCAUAGGAAUGGCGAACAUCAGUGAAGAAAUCAGCUUUCUUAUAGGUUUAGCUUAUCAUUGACAGGGCAGUGAUUUACAUCUGGACCCAGGCACAUUCCUAAGUAGUUAGGCUAUUAAUUUUUCUUUUUGUUUUAUAUGAUUACUUUUUGUUUUAACUACUCACUACCACUAAAUUACUAUUAAUUAACACGGGUGAAUUUUACU